GCCUCUACUUCGCUUUUAUCCUCCUCUCUCCCGAAACCCUAGCCCCCAAUUCAGAAAACCCUAAUCUCUGUCGCUACCUCAAACCCUAAUUUCCAUGGCGAAGAAGCGAAAAACCAGAGCUUCCGAAGCCGCCGCACAACCAGUAGAAGAAGAACAGCAAAAUAUUAAACAAGAAUCAGCAGAUCUCGAACCCGAACAAGAACAAGAACAAGAAGAGUACCAAAACGACGCCGUAGAAGAAGAAGAAGCAGUUCAAGAGGGCGAAGAAGAACCAGAUCCCGAAGAAGAAGAUGAUAACGACGACGGUGAUGAUAAUGAAGAAGAAGAGGAAGAAAAUCCAGGAUCUGGAAACAACGCCGUAAAUGAAGUUAACGGAGGCGGUAGUGAGGUGAAGAAGGAAGGAGGAGGCGACGAAGAAGAGGAUUUAGAAGAUGAGCCACUCGAGAAGCUUCUAGAACCUUUCACGAAGGAUCAACUUACAGCGCUUAUAAAAGAAGCUUUAGUUACUUACCCUAAUUUGAAGGAUAAUAUUCAGAAAUUGGCCGAUAAGGAUCCGGCGCACCGCAAAAUCUUCGUGCACGGCUUGGGUUGGGACACUACAGCUGAAACCCUAACGAGCGUGUUCGGGAAGUACGGUGAGAUUGAGGAUUGUAAGGCUGUUACAGAUAAGGUUAGUGGGAAGUCAAAAGGAUAUGGGUUUAUUUUAUUUAAGCAUAGGAGUGGUGCUAGGAAAGCAUUGAGAGAACCACAGAAGAAAAUUGGUACUAGGAUGACUUCUUGCCAGCUGGCUUCGGCUGGGCCGGUCCCCGCCCCGCCCCCUACAGCAGCGGCUGUCCCACCUGUUUCUGAGUAUACUCAGAGGAAGAUUUUUGUUAGCAAUGUGGCAGCUGAUCUUGAUCCUCAAAAGCUGUUGGAGUUUUUCUCUAAGUUUGGUGAAGUUGAGGAGGGUCCACUUGGAUUGGAUAAGCAAACUGGGAAGCCCAAGGGGUUUUGUUUGUUUGUGUAUAAGAGUGUCGAGAGUGCAAGAAAGGCGUUGGAGGAGCCACAUAAGAGCUUUGAAGGGCAUACACUUCAUUGUCAGAAGGCCGUUGAUGGGCCGAAGCACAAUAAGAACUACUAUCAGCAGCACCAGCAGCCGCAACAGCAUUACCCUCAGCACCAGCAGCACCAGCAGUAUUAUCAGCAUCCUGCAAAGAAGGGGAAAUAUUCAGGUGGUAGUGGUAGUGGAGCAGCAGCAUCAGCUGGGCAUUUGAUGGCGCCAUCAGGGCCUGCACCUGUGGGAUUCAAUCCUGCUGUGGCUCCGGCUCUUGGGCAGGCUUUGACAGCCCUGUUAGCUACCCAAGGAGCUGGUUUGGGGAUUGGGAAUUUGCUUGGAGGUUUUAGUGGGCCAGUGAAUCCUCAGGGUGUGCCCCCAGUGAUGAACAAUGCUGGAGGAUAUGGUGCCCAGGGUGCUGCUGGUGGCUAUGUAGCUCAGCCGAUGCAGUACCAAAACCCGCAGAUGCAGGGCGGUGCAAGACCACAGGGUGGUGCUCCUUACCCAGGCUAUGGAGGUCACUAGGAAAGCUUAAGGUAUCAGUAAUGCGAUGGUUGUACUUCCAAGUAGAUUCCUUGAUAAAAUGCAUCAAACUUUUAGUUUUGGACUGGUGAUUCUUCUGAAGUUCCGGGCACUCUCCAAAUGAAGUCUUUUACUAUGACAAAAGUUACCUUUUGAUUAAAAGUCCAUGAUCUUCAUUGUGUAUUUUCUUUUUAGUCAAGUACUUCUAUUCUGGUGAAUGUUUUUAAACACUAUGUAGUAUUUUGCACUAAACUUUUCUAUCUAAAAGGAUUGAGAAGACGAUAGGGUAUCCUACCCAUCUCUCACCAGUAUUUGAGUAUUUAGCAAUGUCUUUCUAACCUUCAAACAUCUUACUUUCUGAAUGGUUUCUUCUACUGCUCCCCCCAGCAUCAUAGUGUCUCAUAAGAAGCAACUUUUGCUUUUCCAUCGGUUCAAAGAAUUACAUUAUGAACACAUCGAAUAGUCAGCUAAUUUGUUUUAAGGAUUAUCUUGUAGCAAUUGCCGUUGCAGGUAAAUGGUGAUGUUCAUGGCAUUUCGCUGGAGGUGUCCUCUGCUUCCUCUAUUUUUCAGUGUUUGAAGCCUGUUAUGCUUAUGGGUUAAGAAUGAACUUUAUAAAUAGACUGAACCCUGAUUUGGUCUCCUCGUCACAACCACUGAAAUAUUAAUAUGUAAAGAUUUGAUUUUCAUGGUGGGGUUAAGUUUUAUUUUCUUCCUGAAGAGUCUAUUGGCUUAUUUUAACCUGAAAUGGUGGUUUGAGAAAUGGAAAGGUUUCUGAAAUAUUCUGCUAUAACUGGUUUAUCAACAGCUUUACAAACCGCACUAAUUGACUCUUCAAAGCCUUUUCUUGAUUUUAAAUAUACACAUCUUUCGGAAGAGGGAGGGGUUUCCUCUCCUAGUUGAUCAUUUUAACAUUAUAUUGUAUUAACAUUUAUGAAAUGGAGGAUUCUAACAGAAGGGUGUGAUGCAAGAAUGCCUUGUAGCUUUGAUAUUUUGCAUCCAGGGGCUGAGCAGGAUGGUCCUCCUGGCAUUUGAAGAUGGUUGUAGCUUUUAAAGAUGGCUGGCGGGUCAGAUCAGCAGAAAAUGUCUCUUCUCCAGGACUUGGUGCUCUAGUGAUGUUUAUAUAGAAAGAUAGCAAAAUGCAUAGCAAAUGAUAUUUCUGGCAUGUGGUUAAUAAAUGGAUCAACAUUUCACUUGUGGUUUUUCAUGAAGAGGGUUUUCCCCAAUUCCAAACCCGCACCGCCUGCUCAGUUGAGCUGAUUUCUCUUCUUUGCACUCUUACGCAAUUGGGGCUAAAGAUUCUUACCCCCGAGGCUACAAAAAUUGACAUGAUAGAAUCCUAGAAAGGUUGGAUGAGCUUGGCUUUGCUUCUCUUGAUCCCCAACGGCCUUUCAUAGAGGUGGGUUAAUAGCUCUAACCUGUUGUUUGUUGCUCUAGUUUUGAGUGUCUAGGUUUUAAUCACUUAGCAUUGCAAUACCAGUAAUACUGAAAUUGGGUUGAUGUGGUAUCAUGGGAGUUUAAUUGUGUUGAUAUUGGUUGUUGCUUUA